GGACGCGCCGAGUCCCGCCGGCCGCCGGAGAGCAGCGCAGUGAGCCCGCCACCACCAGCCGAGCCGGAGCCCUGCACCCUGCGGCCCCGCGCCCGGCGGCUCCAUGGACCGAGGCCGGGGAUCUCCUGGUUCAUGAGUGUAAUACAAAGAGAACCAGCCACUGGGGAAGAUAACACACAGGACAGUCCAGUGACUACAGACAUCAUCUAAUGGGCAAUGCUGGAGCAGCUGCUCCCAGAGCUCACCAGGCUGCUCAGCCUCCUGGACAAUGAGGACCUCAGUGACAGCACCCUGGAGAAGAAGAUGGCAGUGUCCUCCAUCCUGCAAAGCCUACAGCCCCUCCCAGAAAAGGAAGUCUCCUACCUGUACGUGAACACUGCAGACCUCCACUCGGGGCCCAGCUUUGUGGAGUCCCUCUUUGAAGAAUUUGACUGUGACCUGAGUGACCUCCGGGACAUGCCAGAGGAUGACGGGGAGCCCAGCAAAGGGACAAGCCCUGAGCCAGCAAAGAGCCAAUCUCUGAGAAAUGCAGCCAACUCGCCUCCGCCACUGCCCAACAAGCCCCCUCCCGAGGACUACUAUGAGGAGGCCCUCCCUCUUGGGCCUGGCAAGUCCCCAGAGUAUAUCAGCUCCCACAAUGGCAGCAGCCCAGCCCAUUCCAUCGUGGAUGGCUACUACGAAGAUGCAGACAGCAGCUACCCCACAACCAGGAUGAAUGGCGAGCUGAAGCACUCCUUGGUCUCAGGACCGCAGGGCAAGGAGACCUACAGAGAGGAAAGGUUUCCCUGCAACAUGUCCUUUCCCAUGACGCCUACAGGCAAUGAUUCAGAUGCGAUGAGCAGCUCCUAUGAGUCCUACGAUGAAGAGGAGGAAGAAGGCAAGGGCCUGCAGCCCAGGCACCAGUGGCCCUCCGAGGAGGCCUCCAUGCACCUGGUGAGGGACUGCAGGAUCUGUGCCUUCCUGCUGCGGAAAAAGCGCUUUGGGCAGUGGGCCAAGCAGCUGACCGUCAUCAAGGAGGACCAGCUCCUGUGUUACAAAAGCUCCAAGGACCGGCAGCCACAUCUGAGGCUGGCGCUGGAUAUCUGCAGUGUCAUCUAUGUGCCCAAGGACAGCAGGCACAAGAGGCAUGAGCUGCGCUUCUCCCAGGGAGCCACUGAAGUCUUGGUGCUGGCACUGCAGAGCCGGGAGCAGGCAGAGGAGUGGCUGAAGGUCAUCCGUGAGGUCAGCAAGCCCAUCAGGGGAGUGGAGGGGGUGGAGGCCCCCAGAUCGCCCAUCCUCCUGUGCAAGCUGGACCUGGACAAGAGGCAGUCCCAAGAGAAGCAGACCUCAGACUCUGACAGCCUGGGCAUGGGUGACAACAGUUCCACCCUAGGCCGCAGGGAGGCCUGUGAACACGCAGGAGGCAAAGGGAAGAAGAGCAGUUUGGCAGAGCUAAAGGGCUCCAUGAGCCGGGCCGCAGGGCGCAAGAUCACCCGCAUCAUCAGCUUCUCCAAGAAGAAGGCCCUGACUGAGGACCUGCAGACCUGCUCCGCUGAGGAGGAAGUGCCGUGCUGUGGUUACCUGAACGUGCUGGUGAACCAGGGCUGGAAGGAGCGCUGGUGCCGCCUCAAGCGCGGCACCCUGUACUUCCACAAGGACCGCGCCGACCUGCACACGCACGUGAACGCUGUCGCCCUCCGUGGCUGCGAGGUGGCCCCCGGCUUCGGACCCAGACACCCGUUUGCCUUCAGGAUCUUGCGCAACCGGCAAGAGGUGGCCAUCCUGGAGGCAAGCUGCUCAGAGGAUAUGGGUCGCUGGCUCGGACUGCUGCUGGUGGAGAUGGGCUCCAGAGUCACUCCAGAGGCGCUGCACUAUGACUACGUGGAUGUGGAGACUUUAACAAGCAUCGUGACAGCUGGGCGCAACUCCUUCCUAUUCGCAAGAUCCUGCCAGGAUCAGUGGCCUGAGCCCCGUGUCUAUGACGAUGUUCCUUAUGAAAAGAUGCAGGACGAGGAGCCGGAGCACCCCACCGGGGCCCAGGUGAAGCGCCACGCCUCCUCUUGCAGUGAGAAGUUGCACCGAGUGGAUCCGCAGGUCAAAGUCAAGCGCCACGCCUCCAGUGCUAAUCAAUACAAGUAUGGCAAAAACCGAGCUGAAGAGGAUGCCCGGAGGUACCUGGUAGAAAAAGAGAAGCUGGAAAAAGAGAAGGAGACGAUUCGGACAGAGCUGACAGCCUUGCGACAGGAGAAGAGAGAGCUCAAGGAAGCCAUUCGGAGCAACCCAGUGUGUCUGGAUUCAGGAGCAAAGCUAAAGGCUCUGGAGGAAGCCGUGGGCACCUUGGAAGCACAGUGUCGGGAGAGGGAGGAGCGCCGCAUCGACCUGGAGCUGCGGCUCGUGGCCGUCAAGGAGCGCCUGCAGCAGUCCCUGGCAGGGGGCCCGGCCCUGGGGCUCUCCAUGAGCAGCAAGAACAGGAGUGCGGAAACCACAAAUAAACCCCAAAACAAUGUCUCAGAGCAAUCUCUCCCUGUCAAUUGUGUUUCUGAGCUACGGAAGAGAAGCCCAUCCAUUGUGACUUCCAACCAAGGAAGGGUGCUGCAGAAAGCCAAGGAAUGGGAAAUGAAGAAGACCUAGAAAGAGCAUGAGGAUUUCAUUGCAAAAGAAGUACCAGCUUGUCCACCUAAGGCGGAAAUGCCUUUUCCCCCAAAGAGACACUAGGAAGAGGCUGGAAGGAGCCCCUGCUUUCUGGGGCACCCAGAAGAUUGGCCUGUAUUGUCUGCAUGAUUUUAGGGCCUGGGGAGGGAAGAAGCAGAAGGGAAGAGGGAAACUGAGAUCACCCUUCUGACCUCACAACUGGCGAAAACGGGGGUGGAGGGAGACAAGUCCGGACAGCCCUAAAGGUUUUGUUAGCUACCUUUUCUUCUUCUGAAGAAAUGAAAGCACGUGUGAAUAAGCCAUUCCACCCCGUCCUAGCCUCCCAUUCCCAGUCCUUAAGGCAAAGGAGGGCAGUGCUGGAUCAUCAGUGGUGCAGUGUAAAGAGAAAAGACUUGAUCAUCUCAUCUGAUUGUUGUGCUAACCACACUCCUGUUGGGCAUCACUGACCAUCCAUGGGCAAGGCAAACAGGCUGCAGGACUGGUAAUGUUACCCCUGCCUGCACAAAAGGGAACAAGAGCCACCAAGAGUGUGGGACCCUGCAGCCACUUCUCAUCUGCUUUAAAUCUAAGCAGAAGGCAGCUACCAGAAACUUCCAGAUAUGAAUAUGUUAAAAUCAAAUACCUGAGUACCCAAGGAGCAGAGAGUUAAUCAACUAAUGGGAACAUGAAGUUCUAAUGUCCACAGGAUGUUGAAGGUGUUGGGCAGUAGGGUCACUUGCUGCAAAGUCAAGUCCUUUAUUUUAUAUGACACUGACACUCCUGGAGCUAUAGUUAGAACCAUGUCUUUAUCCUAAUGAAGUUCUUAUCUUGCACUGGGAGGCCCAUACCUCACCCUUUAGUAUCUGCUAUAAACCAAACCUAUCCAGGAAAACCAGACGAUGAUGGCUCUUUGCUGCCACUUGGGUGCUAAACCUUUUCCAAACACUUGAUUCUUUUAAAGGUGGUGCAGGGACCUCAAAUCCUAAGCAGUCUCCUUUAUGUCACUCACUACUGUUUUGACACUGUAGGCACUUUAUGGGUCUGUCUUUAACAUGUUUCUCGCCAAUAAAGAUAAAACCAUUAACCCUUAAAAUCUCAACAGUUAGCUCCAGGUGGGGAGAAGGGAAAUCCCAAAAUUGCUAUGGACAUUUUGCUAGAGGCCUGACAUGUUUUACCCAUGUAGUUUAACAUACUUUGGCCCACUGAAACCUCACCACCCUCUGAAGUAGCUGGAGUCCAGAGCACAAAUAACUUGACCAAAAUCCCCUGGCUGCUCACUGGCAGAGCAUAGGAGUGAUGAUCCAAAUAGGCCUGGGUUUGAGCACUGCCUUUCUUACCUACCUGCUAGGUAGCCUCAGGAGAAUGACUUGACCUGAUUCUUGCUUUCCUUAUCUGUAAAGCAAGAUUAACUUUGUACUUUCACUCCAACUGUUGGAUAUUUAGUAAGAGAAUACUUGAGAAGCACCUUGCGUGUAGUCAGACACAGGAAACAAAUUGAUGUUGGCUACAUAAGAAAUAUAUGACUCAAAAGCCUAUUUUUUCUGCUGAGAAAGAAAUGACUCUUACAUAGCAACUACAGACACAAAAAGGCAACUAUUCCAAGCCAGGUACACCUGUAACCCCAGCACUCUGGAGGCUGAGGCAGGAGGUCUGGGAGUUCAAGACCAGUCUAGAGUACAGAGCAAGACCUUGUCUCAAAAAAAAAAAAAAAAAAACAACCAAUCUAACCUAGUAGUUUUCAUGUAGAUUCCAUUUCAGUAUCUCCAGUAACAAUAGCUCACACCUACUCUGGACUGCCAGUUUUCUUUUGUGAAAUGAGGUAUACUAAACAGUACCCACCACAAUAUCCUCAGUUUCUCGUUUUUAUGCAGUCAUUUUGAGGUUAAAUGUAUUUUUUUCCACCAACAUACCUAGACUCAAGUGGAGAGCCCUUAAAUCAUUAAUAAUUAACAUGUAUUGAGUACUUACCAUGUGUCAGGCAUUGUUAACCAGGGCCAGAUUCUGAGUACACAGCCUGUGUAGUCACACAGCGUCCCACACCCAGAAGGUCCUGUCUGUACUGUUAUUUAUAAUUCUCACCUUAAUAACUUUUGAACAAGUGCUCCUGUGUUUUCCUUUUGUCCCUUAAAUUAUAUAACCAGUUUCCAGGUAUUAUCCCUUCAGUCAUAACAAAAAUCAUUCAAGAUGGGUUACGUUAUCCAUUGUCACAAUUUUUGCAGUUCAAUCUGAUCCUAGAGCCCCUGUAACUGAAGCCCUUAUUUCAUCCAUGUAUCUCCCUCGAGGUGCACUGCAGCAUUCAGAAGUAGAGCAUUUAAUAAAUAGAUGCUGCAUUGGCUGCAUGUAUGCAGCACACUGAGUGUAA